AUAUGUUUAAAUUUUUUGAUAGUAGAAAAAUUACUAUACAAAAUUACUUUUUUAAUUAAAUUGGCCGUGAGUCGACUUGUACCCGCUGAUGUUCUAUUUAUGUAGGUAUUAGAAUUGUGGAAUUCAUUGAAGGUAAUUGAAUCCUGAAGUUUAAAAGCAGCUUGGGCUGAAAUAAUUCUUCUUUCAAAUUAAAUGCACUAAGAUGGACAGAUUUUACGUUCCAAAAAAAGUUAAUCGCCAUGUAUAUCAUGCGCUUCAGGAUUUGACUUCGGUCCAAGGCCUUAAUGAGAUCUUAAGUGAAUCUGUUCUCAUAAACACUGUACUCUAUCAUAUGAGGAAUUUGGUACCUGUAAGAGGAUUAAGGUUUUACAUCAAAGUCUCUAUAAAAAAUAUGGAAUUGAUGAAUAUCAUUACACGUAUUGAUAAGGAUACACUUCGUUAUAAUUGCGAUCCAAGGCGUAAGUCACAAAUCUUACUUUCUCAGCAAAUCGAUCCAGAACCAAAUGUGAUAAUUCCUAAGAAUCAGAAGAAGAAAAGAAGACGUCGUGGGUAUAGGAAUUUAUGUGAUACUUAUAAAUGGAAAAGAAGACAAAAUGUAUGUAAGCGGAAACCUAAGGAAAUAUUUUUUGGUGAUGAUACAUAUCAUUAUCACAUGCCUACAAAAGGUGUGCAAGCAGACGAUCCAGUUGAGCCAAUGGAUAUUGACGACGUCUAUCUUUCUGCAGGGUAUGAAGUGAACGCAACUUUUAAUAAUGUGGGUCAAAUUACACCUUCUAAUGUUGCAAAUAAUCCGAGAAAUAAAGAAAAUCGUCGCUGUAUUCGUAGGCGCAAAUGUUUAUUGAGUCCUUAUAAAUGUACAAAUACACAGAAACCACCUAAACAAAAGUCAAAGAAGAUAGUUUACUGUAAUUGUGCAAAUCAUCACUUCAAUACAAAUGAACCGAAUGUAGAAGAUCCAAUUGAGUUCAUGAAUGUUAACGAUGUCAAUUCAAAUGUAGAUCAGGAAAGAGAGUCACCACAACCAAUGGACGUGGACUACGUCGGUUCCAAUGUAGAUGAUAUAUUACAAUUGCCUUGCGAUAACAUUCAAAUGAGACCCAAUAAUGAUGAAGGAAUAGGAGCUUGGAAAUAUAAUGAAUUCAAGUACUGUCGUUACAAAAAUAUUAUCAACGAAACUCCAUAUCAUAAUGAUCUGCACGCUAUAAUUCAUGAUGACACUUUCAACAACGCAAGUUUACGUCAAAAAAGGAAAGUUAACGGACGAAAAACUGUGUAAAAGUUUAAACUUGAAAUGCGGAAAAAAUUGUUAAAACACAAAAAUCUGAUAUCCAGUGUCAAGAUAGCGAAGUAAAAUAUUUACCUACAUGCUUAAGUAUUACAAUAUUUGACAGAGGAAAUACGAAGGAAUAUUUUGCAAAAGAUAUUCAAAAUUAAUGGCGACUCAACAAGUAACGUGAAAUCCAGCAAAAUUCUAACCAGAAAUAUAUUGAAUAUAUGAAAGAUUCUUUAGAAUAGUUAACAUAUAUAUAUUGUAAGAAAUCGAUAGAUAUGAUAUUAUUUAGAUUCGUCAGCUAAAUUUGUUGGUGUCUCAUUAAAUCUGAUGUAUUAAAUAAAUUAUCUUGAACACAAUCAUAA